AUGGAUCGAAUUCUAGAAGUCGCCGGUUCCAUAAUCGUGAAAUGGAACCCAGAUACUUCAACAUUCGCAAACGUCACUUCUCUCUUCUACGAGAACCGUGGUGAGGCCAAUGAUUUCAUCAAGAACGUCAAUGAUUUGCAAAGGGCCAUGCACUUUUUAGCCUCUGAGAACUCCGGCUCAGAAAAGCUCGUUCGUGCCCAAAACUUGAUGCAAAUCGCAAUGAAACGACUCCAAAAAGAGUUCUAUCAGAUUCUCUCAAUGAACCGAGCUUAUCUCGAUCCUAAGAGCGUCAAUCCUGUUUGGAUUUCUGAAAAUGUGGCGAGAAACAGCAAGAAAUCGCCGGAAAAAGUUUUUCGGACUCUCGAAAUGUACACAGCCAUUGCCAAUCACUGGCCGGAGAUCGAGUCCAUCUUCUCCUUCGAAUCAACCUCAGACAUUCGAUCUCUAGCACUAACAUCACUCGUCAAGCUCAGCGAAUCUGUUAGGACAUCGUUAAUCGAGUUCGAAUCUGCGAUUCAGAAGAAUUCUUCAAAAUCACUGGUCGCCGGAGCUGGAAUUCAUGCUUUAACGACUGAUGUGAUGCACUACCUCUCUCUCCUCGGCGAUUACAGCAAUAUACUGGCGGAUAUUCUAGCAGAUUUACCACUGCCUGGGAAAUCUUCUUUGCCAGAGUCGUACUUUGACACGUACGAUUCCGAAGACUUUCCGUUACCGGCAAUUUCUCUCCGAUUCGUGUGGCUAAUACUCAUCUUACUCUGCAAACUCGACGGCAAGGCAAAGCACUACAAAGACGAUUCGCUCUCAUACCUCUUCUUAGCCAACAACUUAAACUACGUCGUUUCUAAAGUUCGUAUAUCGAAUAUGAAGUAUUUACUCGGCGACGAUUGGUUAACCAAGCACGAAACAAAAGUCAAACAGUUUGCACUGAACUACGAAACGGAUAGCAUGGAGCCGUGUCGUAGGUUCCCUCCCGGAGGAUCCGACAGCAGUAACGUCGCCGGAGGAAGUGAAGGAGUGUUUUAA